AUGAAAGGGGAGCUGGUUCGAGAGAGUAGCAGCAGCAGCGGCAACGAAGCGGCUGGAGAUGGAGCCGGCGGGAUAGACGAGGACUUGUACUCGCGGCAGCUGUACGUGAUGGGCAAGACGGCCAUGGCCAAGAUGGGCAAAGCUGAUGUGCUCAUAUCAGGCAUGAGCGGGCUUGGUGCUGAGGUGGCCAAGAACGUUGUCCUUGCCGGGGUGAGGUCGGUCACGCUUCACGACGACCGACCGGCGACGCUGGAAGACCUGUCGUCACAGUUCUGUCUGGGGCCGGAGGCAGCGGAGAGGGGGGAAGGCAGGGCGAGGGCGAGCGUGGACCACCUCAGGGAGCUCAACCCCUACGUUGACGUCCGGCUAGUGGAGGGUCCACUAACCGAGGAGGCGAUCGAGGCGGGGGGUUACGCGGCUGUACUGCUAGUGGACGAGACUGUGGGUUUCCAGCUGCGGGCGAACGAGGCGUGUCGGAGGGCGGGGACGGCCUUUGUUUCGGCGUCCUCGCGGGGAGCGUUCGCGUCCCUGUUCUGUGACUUCGGGGACAGCUUCGUCGUGCAGGACACAGACGGCGAGGAGGCCCUGGCGUGUCUAGUGGGUGCUAUCGUGAGAGAGGAGGAGGGAGAGGCGGGAGUGGGAGGGGGGCGGUGGGUCGUGGAAGCGGUGGACGGCGAAAGGCACGACUUCCAAACAGGGGACACGAUCAGGUUCGAAGACCUACGCGAUGCGGAGGGAGCCCUCUUGGAUACACCUACACAAGAAUUUACCGUCAAGAACAUCAACCCUAGAAAGUUUUCCAUGGAGGCAGGCGGUUGGGCGGCAGGGGAGACGCAGAGGAGGGCCUGCGGGGGACGAGCCGUCCAGGUGAAAAAGCCGUCCAAGGUCUCGUUCCUUCCUCUCCGGAAGGCGUUACGGCCAGGGCGGGUCGCAGAGCUCACUCUCCCCACGGACUUUGGCAAGCUGGUGCUCCAGCCUGUUCAUGCCGACCCGCCAGUUUUUGUACUACGACUGCAUGGAGGCGUUGCCGUCACCCUUGCCCUCGCUGAAGGCGUGUGCCGCAAGGGGGGACCGCUACGACGGCCAGCGGGCAGUCCUAGGCGACGCCCUCCAGCGGAGACUGUUCUCCAGAUCGGUCUUCGUUGUCGGUGCCGGUGCCAUCGGGUGCGAGCUUCUCAAAAGCCUGGCGCUUAUGGGAGUGGGCUGCGGUAG